AUGGCACCAAUUGCCGGCCCGUCCAGAUUGCCGGCAACUGAGCCUCCCUUGAUUAAGUUGAGGGAUGCCGGCAAUGGUACCUACAUCGAGGACUAUCCAAUUAUUACGGCGGGUGCGCCCAUUGGCAAUGCGUGUAAGAAGAAGGGGAGCUUAGCAGAACUUUUGGGAUUGAAGGGCACAAACAAGGCACCUGAAAGGCCCGUCGUACAGACGAUGGAAGGGGAGGGAAAAGAAAGUGUGGCCAAACAAUGCGGCUCUUCUGCGGGACAUCAACAGUUUACCGCAGGGACCAAAAUGGACGACAACAAAGUUGAUUGGCGCAAGGCGCUUUGA